AAAUGGCGGUAACUUCAAGCUCCUUACAUGUAUACGAUACAGUGAUACAUUUUGAAGACACAUGUACCUUUAUUUAAAUGUUGUGCGGCGACUAAUUAGUAUAUCGUAAUUUGAUCUCGUAAAGAUGAAAUAGACUGCAGUGAAAAUGAAGUGAUGUCUGAACACAAAAUAUGAAUUAUAGACUGGCAUCAGGUCAAAUACACGUGGAAACAUAACGCAGUCAUCUAAGUGGUGUCACUGUGAGCAUGAGCAAUGUGCAGAACCGGGAAAGGACUAGAUAUUCGCUGCGAUCAACACAGCGCGUUCAACAGCAGCAAGUAGCGAGUGGCAGUGUCGUGACUCGGACACGCCGUCGAGCGCGUGGAAUGGAGGCGAGCGUGUCACAGGCUCAGACGCGGGGACGUCGCACUAGAUCACAGGCUGGCCUAGACGGCGGCAGCAGCAGCGACGUGUACGACGUCACAUCUCGUUCAGCAGUCCAGAUUGAUGAGAGCGACAACGAUGAUGAAACAAUCAGCCUGGUCAGCUCGCAGAGUUCAACGGGACGGUCGUUGCGAUCAUCUCAAGGCAACCCGUCGGAUCCUCAGUCUCCAGAGCGGACUAGUGAGAGAACUGCUAGCAGAAGCUCUGCAUCUCGUAGGCAACCAAUAGGGGUUAAUGAUGGCGACGGUAAUGCUUCAUUGCUGGCCGUUGUUACUGCCGAUGACCAAAGUCUACAACAAGAGCCUAAUACAGGUGUUGCAUCAUCGACACGCUCCCACGUGCCUGUAGCACCUGAACAGGCUACUGAAAACAUGCAAGACAAUCCAGUGGUAACAGAAACGGCUAAUUCGAUACAUGCUGAUCAAAGUUCUAAGGAUUUCCGUUUGCCAGCAAAAAGAAGCAAGGUUAAUCUGACGGACUCUCUGACGGAUGAAGAAGGCGAGAUGUGUACAAUAUGUUUUGAGCAUUGGAAUAAUUCCGGAGAGCACAGAAUAGCCUCCUUGAAGUGUGGCCAUCUAUUUGGAAAGAGUUGUAUUUUAAAGUGGCUAAGUGGACAGGGAACCAAGUGCCCUCAAUGUAAUGCAAAGGCAAGAAAAGCCGAUGUACGGGUAAUCUACACAAAAACUCUAAAAGCUGUCGACACGACAGAGAGAGACAGAGCAUUGAGCGAGCUAGUGACUGAAAGGGAGCAGCACCGGAAGGUAGAGCUAGAUCUGGCCACGGCUCGGCUGCACUGCCAGCUCAUGUCCGAAGAAUGUCGUACACUGAGGCAUGAUCUAACAGCUGCCACAGCUGAGUUGGAAAAAUACAGAUCAGGGAAGCAACCCAUGGAUCGGCAACCUCUAGGGAAUCUGACAAUGGGAGAAGGCAAGACUUCAGCGUUCUCUUUGCUGAAGACACUGCAGCUGUGUGAGGCGGGCUGCCGGGUGUUGGCUUCAUGCAACAGCAUGAACAUGCUGGCUGUGUCCCAGCCCUCCAACUCCGUUCUCUUUCCUGGGUUCGGUGUGAAAAAGAUUUGCACACUGGAAUUCAAGACGCGGGAAUAUGUGGCAGUGCACAGUAAGAUGAUACGCGACAUCGCAUUUAAUCCAAGUUCACCAGAUGGCCUCAUGCUUAGUGCCAGUGUUGAUAAGACUGUAAAAGUGACAAGCCUGCUCAGUAAUACAAUCGUUCAAAACUACGAUGCCGAGAUGCCCGUGUGGAGCUGCUGCUGGAGCGCGGACGUGGCGACGUCGUUCUACGCGGGGCUGCAGAACGGCACGGUGCUCGUGUACGACACGCGCAACACGCGCACGCACUGCGAGCAGCUGAACACCGCCAGCAGCCGCUCGCCCGUCGUCUCCCUGCAGUACGUGCCCAGCCACCCGUCGGACGACUUCAGGCAAGGCGGACUUUUGGUGGGUCAGCUGAACAAAUACUACUUUUAUGAGAAUCGACCGAAUGGUAUAUAUCGACCACAUGUACUUCCUAUGGAUGGAAAUCUUACAUGUAUGUGCUUUCAACAUUCUACGAGGAAUUUCCUGGCAUCAUUUAGGCCCAGUGCCAAUCGGCCAACAGUCAGGCAUGUGCUGUGCGAGUUGGCUGCUAACAACGUGAGCGAGGAUGUGUCGGUGGUCGACACGGUCGUCACCUGCCAUCCCGUGCAAGUGUUCACCGCGGGCACGUCACAGAAGAUGCUGACUAGGUCCUGCCUCGUCGACAUUCCCACGGAGAAGAGACUGUUCGCGUGCGCCGGCGACGAGUCGUCCUUGUCGACUCAGGUGUGGGACACUGCCACGGGCAGAGUGUUGUCCAAGUUACCGUCCAACCUGCCAGUCAUCGACGUUUGUCCUGUUGAGACACUGGACGGCUGUCACCUGGCUGCAUUGACAGACAAGUAUCUGCAAAUAUACAAGUGGACAUGAUGUCAAUGCACUUUUGUAAAUGCAGUGUUGACAAUCCAUGUUACUAAUGCUCAAGACUGUAGCCUAAUAGGGAUUCAUUUAGGCUUGCCUUGCCUGUUUUCACCGACUGUGCACAUCUUAUUGAGUACUCGUGUCAUGCCUACUGAUGUACUAUGAUAGUGUUGUCACUGUCGCUUUUUCAGAUUUUUCAGAUGACUAAUAUUCCAAAGUUUCCAUGUCGAGUUUACAAUAUCUGAUAUUUUAUUCGUGUGACAUGCCAGAUUUAUCCCCGUACACCAUACUUGCCCACUGAAUAGAAAGUAUAUUAGAAAAAUUUGGCUAUUUUUACAAGCAGUCGCGAAAAACAGAUUGUAUAAAUGUACUAAAUACAAACGUAGUGCAUAUUAUAUCUAACAACCAUGCAUGAUUUGGAAAUAGAAUACCUUGUAAGAAAAAUGUGAAAAAACGUGGAACGAUGGAGAGUAGUUAAUUAACCUAGCUGAGCAUUAAUUGAAUUCGAGCAUUAAUAAAUGUGAAUAACUUUUAAUAUUAAUUAAUUUAAUAAUAAUAAUUAUGUUAAUGUUGCACUGUUUUAUGUAUUGUAAUUUGUAUAUGCUCUAACAGAAGGAUUGUUGAAAUUGCUCCGCACACUCACUGUAAAAAUGCAUAGUCUCUCUACACGAAAGUGGAUACGUAGCUGUCGUGUAAGCUGAGUCAUAAUAUUGUUUACUCUGUAAAGCCUAUACUAUAAGUAAAUAAACUAUUAUUUAAACCAUGUUC